AAGCGGGUAGCUUGAUUGUGACGCUUCUAUCUUCAAAAAUACCAGAGGUAUUUUAAAAUUCCCGCCCAAAUAAUCUACAGGUUUUGAAUUAGCAAGACUUCCCCGCCUGCCAAGAUUUGGAAACCAGGUCUCGAGAGCACGUUCUUCAUCGUUGUGAAGAACUGAGAAUUAGGUAUUUAUAAGUAGUUCCCGCCAUCCGUCAACAUCAUUGUGUAGAGCUCUUUUGUCUCGUCGGGUCUCUAGAACGUCUUUCGGUUAGGGGUUUGUGCUUUUGUAAUUUCUGCUUGUGUUCGCCAUGUCGGGCCGCGGGAAGGGAGGUAAGGGCCUUGGCAAAGGUGGCGCCAAGCGGCAUAGGAAGGUGCUGCGUGAUAAUAUCCAGGGAAUAACGAAGCCUGCUAUUCGGCGUCUCGCUCGUCGUGGUGGAGUGAAGCGGAUCAGCGGUUUGAUAUACGAGGAGACUCGAGGCGUACUGAAGAUCUUCUUGGAAAACGUUAUCAGGGAUGCUGUGACGUACACUGAGCAUGCUCGGCGCAAGACUGUGACUGCGAUGGACGUCGUGUAUGCGUUGAAGAGGCAGGGACGCACCUUGUACGGGUUUGGAGGUUAAUUCAAGUGGAAAAUAUCGGACUAAUAAUACUUACGGUGUUCUUGAACACCACCAUUUCGAGCGAAUUUUACAUCUCCGAAGUGUAGACAUUUUCUGUGAUUAUGGUCUUUAAGUUGCACAAAACGAAGUGCUUCUGUUACAAUCCUCUGGUUGGCUUAACUGUACCCUGAUAAUCGUGUGCCUACGUCGUUCUCUGUGAAGUUGAUGUCGUCCUGCCUGAGCUACUCCUCCUAGGGUUACGGGCCGUUUCUCUGUCAUAGGUUGUUGUCUUGUACUCCUGGCUGGAGUACUCGACCUCUCUUUCCUGUCUAUCGGUCUUCGAGCAGUCGGAGCUCUAUGUCGGACGGUAACGGUUGUGUCUUGACUUGGUCCUCGUACAGUUGCCUAAGUUUUUCAUCACUUCUGAAUUCUUCUUUAAAAUUACAUAUGCGUUAUCGUUUUGAAAGGAUGCAGUAGAGCAUUAACCAGGUGAUGGUGAAAUCAUGUUUUCAUUUCGAAAACUAGUCAACUGAACACUAGAUCCUGAAAUAUAUUGAAUUCUACUACAUGUUCGGAGACAUUAGUUUGAAAACAUCUCAAUUAAGGUAAAGAAGGAUAUGUAGUCCGGUCGAACAUUUCCAACGGCGACGAAACCUUCUUAUCCCUCUUUCGAGAGUCUUGAUAAGGAAGGGACGUGAGAACGAUGCGGUGAGUUAGAGGUGCAGUAGGAACGGGGACUGAUGAGAGAAGCGGGUGGGAGUGGGGCGUCCGAUGAUAUCGGCUGCUGUGGGGAUGAAAGUUGUGAGGCUGUAUCUCUUACAGUAGAGACAAUCUUAUAAGCUGGAGCUGUAUUUGAAAACGUAGAUGGUACAGUAGUCGCUUGCCACGCGAAAGGCAGAGGGUUUGUCAGCUUAUUACUUUGGAACUUAUACAGCGUCUGUGUCUAGGGCACCCGUUUAGAAAGCGGGAGGUCCUGAGAUCAACUCUCGGUGGAAGUAAUAAUUUAUCUGUUGUCGCCCAGGGAUGCAGGUCCAUCUUCCCCCGCAUGCACUUCCUCCCUCCGUUGGAUGAAUCUUCCCUGCCAAGUCUCACUUCACCGAUCUGUCUCGUCCUUUACCUGCCUCUCCCUCUAUCGCAUCUGUUUUUGCCGCUCCCUCACUCCCCCUCCUUCUCUUUCCCGCGUUCUCACCCACAUUCCAUCGUCUCCACGCACCGCAUUUUCCCCUUAUUGCAUGCUCUCCUCUGCACGUCGAGGUGGUGACUGGAAAACGCACUAGGGAUCAAAUAUUCUUAAGAAAUUCUCUGUUUUGAAGAGUGAAUGCAUGACUGCCAGUACUUGUUCUCAAGUUCCAGGUAUUUGUGUUUUUUCAUGAUUCAUGAAGGCAUGUAGGAUAAAAGCCAACAAUUAUUCAGAGUUAAAAAAUAAUUGUUGGAUUUUAUUUUAAUUAUUAAUUUUUUUAUCAUUUGAUUUUUUUCUUCUUUGGCCUCGUUUGUUUCUUUUCUUUUUACUCUUUUCCCAUUUUUGAUUUCCUGCGUACCCACCUUGUUAUGGUUCUUUCAUUCAUGAUAUGAUUAAAGUUAAGCACUCCAAACUUA